AUGGCGGAGUGCGUGGAAGAGAAAUGUAACGGGAAGGUCAUUGUGAUUUUGUCAAACACGUAUGCCACCUCAGAAGAGUGCCUGUUUCUGACCUACUUUGCCAAGACGUUGGAUCCAGAUUCCAGACACAGAAACAUCAUUCCAGUACUGAUAGACUCUGACGUAGAGAUACCCAGCGUGCUCAGAGGUCUGUCCCUGAUCAAGUACAACCACCUGGUCCGAUCCGGCUGGCUCAAGGAGAAACUGGUCAACGCUAUUGCUGCUUGA